AUAGAUUUGAAUCACGCUCCUUUCAGGGGCACAAAAGCCAACUCAAAUCUGAUUGCAGCAUCGUCAAUGAACUUAUUCCCUCCCCCGGAGGUGCCUCCUAAGACCAUGUUUUUCACCAUUUCUUUCCUUCUUUGAAAGCGAUUUCUUUGUCAGAAGCAUGUGCGGCCCUUCCCCUCCCUCUGCUCUUGACCCUGUGCAGCGAUUUGGCCACUCCUGGAGCCAGGCCGCGGGAGAGGCGGCCAUUCCUAGCCUCCCCGGACAAAGAGGGUUCCCUUGGCAACGGGAACCGUGUGGAGGUUCGAGAAAGGGUUUCCCUCCACCCCCCAGAUUCUCUUUCAACUCAAGAGCUUACCCUCCGUCUCUAAUGGAGUCGUCUCUAACCAGGACGCUACCCUUUAAAGACAGGCAUUUCGCUUGCAGCAAAAUGAGAGCUGUGUUGCAAUUUGUUGACAGAGAAGACAGGCAGCAUCAACCUACGAAAAGAAUAGGAAGGAGGUUUGCUUGCUUUGCGCAGAGGCUGAGCUACAGGAGAAAGCAAAGCCAAUGUGAUUUAUUGAAUGAAAGCACUGGACAAUUACCAACAACUUGUUCCUCUGCUGCCUCGAGCAACCUAAACUGGAACUGCUGUGUGAAAAUGACCCAACAAAUGCAGAAUUUACAUCUUUCUCAGUCAAAAAAACACAGCGCCCCAUCAUCUCCCAAUGCUGCCAAACGCCUGUACAGGAACCUCUCUGAGAAACUGAAGGGGAGCCACUCUUCGUUUGAUGAGGCCUAUUUUAGAACAAGAACUGACCGGCUGAGUCUCAGAAAGACCUCCGUGAACUUCCAGGGCAAUGAAGCCAUGUUUGAAGCAGUUGAACAGCAGGACAUGGACGCCGUGCAGAUCCUUCUGUACCAGUACACACCAGAAGAACUAGAUCUCAACACACCUAACAGUGAGGGGCUGACGCCCCUGGAUAUUGCCAUCAUGACCAACAAUGUACCCAUUGCUAGGAUUCUUUUGAGGACAGGAGCCCGAGAAAGUCCACACUUUGUCAGCCUAGAAAGCCGAGCGAUGCACCUCAACACACUGGUGCAGGAAGCCCAGGAGAGGGUGAGUGAACUGUCUGCUCAGGUGGAGAAUGAAGGAUUCAGUCUGGACAACACAGAGAAAGAGAAACAGCUGAAAGCUUGGGAGUGGAGGUAUCGACUCUACAAACGCAUGAAAACGGGCUUCGAACAUGCCAGAGCCCCCGAGGUGCCAACCAAUGCCUGUCUCAUGGUAACCAGCAGCACAUCACUCACUGUCAGCUUUCAAGAGCCUCUUAGUGUCAACGCAGCUGUAGUAACCAGAUAUAAAGUGGAAUGGAGCAUGUCUAAAGACUUUUGUCCUUCGGCUGGAGAAAUAAUCAUGGAAAACCUGCAGACCCUGAGAUGCACAAUCACAGGACUUAAAAUGGGCCAACAGUAUUUUGUCCAAGUCUCGGCUUAUAACAUGAAAGGAUGGGGACCUGCUCAGACCACGACGCCAGCAUGUGCCUCUCCUUCUAACUGGAAAGACUAUGACGACAGAGAGCCCAGACACAAGGGGCAGAGUGAAGUUUUGGAGGGUCUGCUGCAGCAGGUCCGAGCCCUUCGUCAGCAUUAUAGUUGCCGGGAAAGUUCAAAAUUACAAACCACGGGCCGCAAGCAGUCAGUCUCAAGGAGUCUGAAACACCUAUUCCAUUCCUCAAACAAGUUUGUGAAGACUUUAAAACGGGGACUCUACAUAGCUGUUAUAUUUUAUUACAAAGACAAUAUGCUAGUCACCAAUGAAGAUCAAAUACCGAUUGUUGAAAUAGAUGACUCUCACACCAGUUCCAUUACACAAGAUUUUCUAUGGUUCACGAAGCUGUCUUGUAUGUGGGAAGAUAUAAGGUGGUUGAGGCAAACUGUACCUAUCUCCAUGUCCUCAUCCACAGUACUGCAAACUCGGCAGAAGAUGCUUGCAGCAACAGCCCAGCUACAGAAUUUACUUGGAACACACAACCUGGGAAGAGUUUACUAUGAACCCAUUAAAGACCGGCAUGGAAACAUCCUCAUAGUCACCAUCAGAGAGGUGGAGAUGCUCUAUUCAUUUUUUAAUGGCAAAUGGAUGCAGAUUUCAAAGCUGCAAAGCCAGAGGAAAUCUCUGUCAACGCCAGAGGAGCCAACAGCCUUAGACAUUUUACUGAUAACCAUCCAGGAUAUUCUCUCCUAUCACAAAAGGAGUCAUCAGCGUCUCUCUCCUGGAUUAUAUCUGGGUUACCUAAAGCUCUGUAGCUCUGUGGAUCAGAUCAAAGUUCUCGUUACCCAAAAGUUGCCCAACAUUCUCUGCCAUGUGAAGAUCCGUGAAAAUAAUAACAUUUCCAAAGAGGAGUGGGAAUGGGUCCAAAAGAUUUCUGGCUCUGAAUCUAUGGAAAGUGUGGAUCAUACUUCUGACUGCCCCAUGCAAUUGUUCUUCUACGAGCUCCAGAUGGCAGUGAAAGCUCUCCUUAAGCAGAUCAAUAUACCUCUACACCAGGCAAGGAACUUCCGCCUCUACACACAGGAGGUGUUGGAAAUGGGUCACAAUGUGUCCUUUCUUCUCCUGCUCCCUGCCUCAGACGACGUCUGUACAGCCCCAGGACAGAAUAAUCCUUACACCCCACACUCAGGGUUUCUUAACCUCCCUCUUCAGAUGUUUGAACUUGGUAUAGUAGCUUGUUUCACCUAGAAAUAUUAACCCAGCCUCCUUAUAAUAAAAUCACAAAGUUAUAUCUGUUCCCCCUUGUCCCAGUGGAGGGUCAAUAAAUCACAUGAUGGCUUUGGCAACAACCCUUCCUAGAACUGUGUACAAGUCUGAGAGAAAGCAAAGCUCCAAGACUAUGUGCCUGAGCAAUAAUUAUUGAAACCUAGCUAAGGCCCAAUGGAAAGGAGGGAAUUCUAAACAGAAAGUUCAGUUAUCAGGCUGCAGUUCUUGCCUGCCCUUUGCUUUCUUAAAACAUAAAUACAAGAACUGAUGUUUUCAUGAAAAGCAUUGCCCCUUCUCUCUUUCUCUCUCUCUCGUUCUCUCUCUUUCCUCUAACUGGGAAAAAGAAAAAUACUGAAAUUAAAAUGUAGAAUGUGUAUCACUUUGAAGGGAAAAAAAGUCUAUAACUUUAUGUAGUGCUGCUUUAUUAAAUAGACUAUAUUAAAUAGACUCUAAAUUUCUAGCAGACCAUUUGAGAAAUGACAGCGUCUCCCAGGAUUGUGAUUAUAAUGUAGAUUCUGAAUGGUAGAAAAUCUAGUCCUGACUUUCAAAAAUGAAUAGCCUAGGCCCCAGUUUCUCUAUUUUUGCGGAGACCCCUGCUGCCCACUGGAAAUGCGAAUAGGAAGGCUUUGUCUCUUCCCCAUGCUUCAUCUUGUAACAGGGCAAUAAGAGGCAAUUAGCAAGAGUUCCGUCAGUUCAAAUGAAUUGUAGGAUUUACGGGAGGGUGAGUGACUGGGUGUGCAGAAUGAAGGCAGACUCUUUGGAUUGCUCCCCAGCCACCAGAUUUAGAAGCAGACAAGGCAACUGCCUGAUGUCUCAUUUUGAGACCUGGCCAUCUGAAUCUGAAUUUAUCCUUUGAGGUUAAAUGGAUUAAGCCUCUCAGUUCCCUUGCUCCAAGCAGUUCAGAUGUCCAAAAGCUAAUGAACAGCAAUUGUUAUUUUCCAGAGGAGGGAAACUUAGCUGAAUCAGACUUGUAGACUGGGACUUGAGAGUCCUAGGUCCCCUAUUGUGUGGUACUGGCAAUUACUUAACCUUUCUGCACAUUUUCUGUGUCAAAUGAUUAAUAGCAUUGGCCAUACCACCCCCAAGAGAUCUGGAUGUGAAUGUAACCAUUUAACGAGAUCCCCAUCCAAACAUUAUUAGUCCAUGCUUUAACUGCAUUGCUAAAUAUAUGAAAUUACAAAAUAUAGUUUGGGUCAAGGUAUUUCAAUUCAAGUCAAUAAGUAUACACUGGGUGCUUACUGUGGAGAUUCAGAGAUGAGUAAGACAAAGGCUCUGCGCUCAAGGGACUUUCAGUACAGUGAUAGGAGUAAAAUAAUAAUACAAAUUAUUAUUGAAUGACAUCAAAUGUGCCAAAAUCAUAUUAAAUGAUACUGAAAGAAGAAAAGAAAGCACAUGUUCUCAAAGAAGAUAUCACAAAGCUGCCUUGGAGGAGAGAAUAUUUGAUGUGAGACAGGAUGUUAACAAACAUGGAUGAUAAAGAAAACUUUCUUGUCGGGGGGAGCUGAAUUCGCAAAGACAUGAGAACAGAAGAACUCAGAAAGAGUCAGGAAAGAAACAAGUGGUCCAGUUUGGUUAGACCAAAGAAAUGAUGAGGAAAUAGUGGAUAUAAAGCUGUACACACUAGCUCUUGCCAUAUUGGCAGUACCUUAAGAGUUAGACUAAGGAAUCUAUUUAAGAGGGACUGGAAGCAGGAUUAGGGGGAUAGUUCAGAGGUUGUUAUAAUAGUCUAGCAUUAGGGUAGAAACAAAACAAAAGGAAACACAUACAGACGUAAGAAACAUUGGGAGCAAUUGACAAGAGUGGGCACCUGUUUGAAUGAGAAAAGGUGAAGUCUAGAGACUUCUAGAGUGCCCCCAUUGUUUUCAGCCUCAAAGACUGUGAAGAUGUUGCUGCCACUACCAAAAGUAAGGAAAUCAGAGAUGAAAAUGGUUUGGGGAAGAAAGUAAUGCUUUUAGCUCUGAAAAUCUUGAGUUUGAAGGUGCUGAUUCAACAUCCAAGUGGACAUGUCCAAGUGGCAGGAGAAAUGCAGGAGAGAAAGGUAUCAACACAGAAAUUUGGCUAGUGUCUACUUACAACAGCUGAAGCCAUGAAAGUGAAUGAUUUUCCACGGAUAGAUAAUUGACAGGGAAAAGAACUAAGGAAAACACUUCAUUGGAGAGCUAACCAGGAGUCCAUUCUGUGUGAAAUGGUCGUGAGUGUUCCAUGAUUACAGGCCAAAAUACAUGAAAUUCAUUUCCCCAUGCCUCAAUGGCCUUGGUGGGAAGAACCAAUGGUUUGGUAUCAAUCACAACAGUACCUGACUCCCAAGACCCUGGAGGACCAAGCCCUGCAAGUAUCCUCUCUAUCCUGCUUUCUGAGAGGCUCAUGUACUCUUCUGGAGCAGCCACACUUUGUCCUUCUGUUGUUACUCUCUAUUUUACAAUUUCUUCUCUGCAUUAAUUUGUUCAUAAUUCACCAAUAUUUAUUACGUAACCUACUAAGUGCCAGGCACUAUUCCAGGUACUGAAGAAUCAGCAAUGAACAAACUCCUCAUGGAACUUAAAUUCUAGCUGGGGAGACAAAUAGUAAACCAAUCAACAAACAAUAAUAUUGUAAACGCCAGACAGUAGUGAAGGCUAUGAAGAAAAAUAAAUCAAAGUAAGAGACUAGAGUGAAGUGACAGGAGCUACAAUUUUGGAGAGGAUGACCUGGGAAGUCUUCUCUGAAGAAGACAGAUUUGAGCAGAGACCUGAGAUUUCCACGCAAUGGGAACAGCAAGUGCAAAGGCCUCAAAGUAAGAGUGUGCAUAGCUAAGAGAUCAGCGUAGGUGGAGUGUAGUAAGCAAGAGCAACAAAGACAGGAAAUGAGAUCACAGAGUCAACAGGGGCCAGAUCAUGCAAGGCCGCAUAGCCAUGAUAAGGACUUUGGAUUUUACUUUAAGUGUAUUGGGAAUCCAAAGGAGAAUUCUGAGCAGUAGAAUAACAUACUAAAAGCUCUGAAAAAUCCAGUAGUACCCCCUCACAAAAAAAAAAUAAAAAAUAAAAAGCUUAACUUUGUUUAACCCAGCAUUUUCCAAGUUCAUUUGACAAUGACUGGAAUCAUUUUUGGCAUAGCACCUAUUAAAAACCCAUAGAAAACAUACUUUAAGAUAUGAUACCCAAGAAUAGUGCUUCUCAAACUUUAAUGUACAUAAGAAUCUCUUGGAGAGCUUAUUAAAAUAGAUGUCUGGAGCCACACCCCAGAAAUGCUGAGUCAGUAGAUCUGGGAAGGAGACUGGAGAAUUGCAUUUCUAACCACCUCUCAGCUGAUAAUGAUGCUGCCAAUCCAUAGAUCACACUUCAAGUAGUACUGCCUAGAACACAGAGAUAAAGAAAUUUUAGGAAAUUAUAGAACUAGAGAUGCAGUUAGCAUAGCACAGUGUAACAGAAUCCUACAGUGCCCAUCUUUUUGACCUGUCUUACUUCUUCUUAAUACUAAAAGCAAUAUAAGACCAUCAGAUACUAUCUUUCAUCUAU